AUGGAACUAUUGGCUCGUUAUCUCGAUAGGAGCAAUUCAGUGAGUUCAACCACAACUCAGGACUUGAUCAAGGAGGAGAACCUGAGGGAUGACCUGAAGUUCUACUUUAUGAGCCCAUGUGAGAAAUACAGAGCCAGGAGACACAUCCCCUGGAAACUAGGGGUGCAGAUCCUCAAGAUAGUCAUGAUCACCACACAACUCGUCCUCUUUGGCCUCAACAACCAGCUGGUGGUGUCCUACAAGGAAGAGAAUGCCAUGGCCCUGAAAAACUUGUUUCUAAAGGACUACAGUGGUGUGGACGAGGAUGACUACAGCGUUGCGGUGUACUCACAACAAGGUGUCUAUGACAGCUUGUUUUAUGUGCUGGAUCAGUAUAGCCAGCUGAGCCGGCUCGCUGUGGGUCCCAUCAGUUACGCUGAGGAUGAAGAUAGUGGCUUGUUACCUCUGGUCAUCUGCAAAAACCUUUACAGAAGGGGUAGUGUCACGCCUUCGGAUGAGGCCUACGACAUAGAUGCCCAAUUAGAAACAGUUUGCCUACCUCUUGAUCCAAAGACCGUCCAUCUGUGGAAAACCCAGAAUGCAUCCUUUUUUGACUUGGACUUUUACAGGUUGGUGGAUGUGAAAAUAACCUUUAACUUGAAAGGAAUCAACCUUCAAACUGUGCAGUCACGGGAGUUGCCUGACUGUUAUUCUUUUUCUGUCAUGAUAACAUUUGACAACCAGUGCCACAGUGGAAAGGUGAAAAUAUUUCUGGACAUUGAUGCACAGAGCAGCGCUUGCCGAGGCUGGAAAAUAUCUGGAACAGCUCAGAAGAACACUCACUAUCUUCUGGUGUUUGACGGCUUUGUGAUUGUGGUUUGCCUAACAUCGGCUGUGCUGUGCACCCGCUCCAUAGUGUUAGCUGUCAAGUUACUGCAGCGAUUCUCCAGAUUUCUCCAUGAAAAUUAUAACCGAAAGGUAUGUGAAGAUGACCAGGGAGAGUUCUUAAAUGGUUGGUAUGUGCUGGUCAUUGUUAGUGACCUCUUGACCAUAGUUGGAUCAAUACUGAAGAUGGAAAUUCAAGCAAAGAGUUUGACCAGCUACGAUGUGUGCAGUAUAUUUUUGGGUACAUCAACCUUAUUGGUGUGGGUUGGCGUGAUCCGCUAUCUUGGCUACUUUCAGAAAUACAAUGUGCUUAUUUUGACCAUGAAGGCAGCCUUUCCAAAAGUGUUGCGAUUCUGCUGCUGUGCUGGAAUGAUCUACCUUGGUUACACCUUCUGCGGUUGGAUUGUGCUGGGUCCAUAUCAUGAGAAGUUUGAAGGCCUGAGCCUCGUGGCCGAGUGUCUGUUUUCUUUGUUGAACGGUGAUGAUAUGUUCACAACCUUUGCCCAGCUGAAAGACAAAAACACACUAGUUUGGAUCUUUAGUCGGGCCUACCUCUACUCUUUCAUUUCACUCUUUAUUUACAUGGUGCUUUCGCUCUUCAUCGCCCUAAUCACCGACGCCUACGAGACCAUCAAGAAUUACCAAAGGGAUGGGUUCCCACUGACAGACCUGCAAAAGUUCCUCAGAGAUCAGAAAGAUUUUGGUGCAUCAGAGGAGAGCAGACAGAUGGAUCCCUACACCAGCUAUUCAGUGUUUUGUUGCUGUGAAAAAGUUCCUGAAAGUGAUGACAUCGCACUCAUCAGUUGA